UCAACCCCCUGUCAGCCCUACAGCAAAGUGCUUCUCACUCAGCCUGCUAUCAGUCCUGGAAGAGCCAUUGUGUCACAGUUUUCAGUGCUCUUGCUGGCUUUCAUCAGCACUUUCCAUUAAUGCCUGCUCCGGUGAACCAGCGCUGCAUGACUUGAUGUGGGAUGAAUGCUCGAGGUUACCAAGAAGAUAAAGGGAGCCUGCAGGCAGCUUUACAUCUAUACUGUGAGCAUUAAUUGUGGGAAGAUAGCUUACUCUGUAGAAAUCAAUAGACUCUUGUGGCCUGUAGCAGAGGGCACACUGGACCGGCAGUAGGUCACUGAAUGGUGAUGUACAGGGGACUGCAUACUGCAGAGUUGUUAGGAAGUAAAUGCAACUGCCUGCAGUAAAGGUAGAAUCGGUCUCAAUACCAAAGGAUAUAAUACAGGCUGCAACAUUCCGAACUCACUGAAGCUUUUCACUUGCUCGACUGGUUUAUUUUUUGUUUAUCUGGGAUAUCCCAGAAUUGAAGAUGAACUGACAAUCUGUUUAGACCUGAGAGACAGCACGGUACUCCAUUAGUAAUCAGCUUUAGACUAAUUGUGCAAGUCGUUCUGAUCUGUGGGAGUACAAAAAUGCAGACAGACAUGCAUAUUUUGCAAGCUUACUGUAGCUUUUCGGUAAUCGUGUGGACGUCUUUCAGUAUUUCACAGGCACAAGCGAAAGAAUCGCAGCAACAAAUUCCCCUCAAUGUGGUAAAACUAUGGGCUUCAGCCUUUGGAGGAGAAAUCAAGUCUAUUUCAGCCAAAUAUUCAGGCUCACAAUUCCUGCAGAAGAAAUAUAAGGAACAUGAGAAAACAGUCUCUGUUCAAGAAAUAGAUGGUCUCCAGCUUGUCAAAAAACUCGCAAAGGAUAUGGAAAGAAUGUUUCGCAAUAAAGCUGAAGCAGUAAGACGUCUGGUUGAAGCUGCUGAAAAUGCUCAUUUGGAGCAUGAAUAUAAUUCAGAUUUGGAGUAUGAAUAUUUCAAUGCUGUUUUAAUAAAUGAAAAAGAUGAAAAUGGCAACUACGUUGAACUUGGGAAGGAAUUUAUUUUGGAACCCAAUGAACAUUUUAAUAACUUGCCAGUUAACAUCAGUUUAAGUGAUGUCCAAAUACCAACAAACAAGUACAAUAAAGACCCUGCCAUAGUAAAUGGAGUUUCCUGGUCUGAAGCAUUAAAUAAAAUUUUUGUUGACAAUUUUGAACGUGACCCUUCUCUUUUAUGGCAGUACUUUGGGAGUGCUAAUGGAUUCUUCAGGCAGUAUCCAGGUGUAAAAUGGGAGCCAGAUGAAAAUGGAGUGAUUGCAUUUGACUGCAGAAAUCGCAAAUGGUACAUACAGGCAGCUACUUCACCCAAAGAUGUUAUCAUUUUGGUCGAUGUCAGUGGAAGUAUGAAAGGACUUCGCAUGACAAUAGCCAAGCAAACAGUUUCUUCCAUCCUGGACACACUUGGAGAUGAUGACUUUUUCAAUAUUAUUGCAUACAAUGAAGAACUUCACUAUGUGGAACCAUGCAUAAAUGACACUUUAGUACAAGCAGACAGGAACAACAAAGAGCACUUCAGAGAACACCUUGAUACCCUGAAUGCAAAGGGAAUCGGGAUGCUCGGUUCCGCUUUAACUGAAGCUUUCACCCUUCUGAAGCAGUUUAACACCACUGGUCAUGGAAGCACUUGCAGCCAAGCUAUUAUGCUGGUUACGGAUGGAGCUGUGGAUACUUAUGAUACGAUAUUUGCAAAAUACAACUGGCCAGAUCAAAAGGUGCGAAUAUUCGCCUAUUUGAUUGGACGUGAAGCUGUAUUUUCUGAAAAUCUGAAAUGGAUGGCAUGUGCAAAUAAAGGAUAUUUCACUCAGAUUUCUACUCUUGCUGAUGUACAAGAAAAUGUGAUGGAAUACCUUCAUGUUUUGAGCAGACCAAAGGUCAUUGACCAGGAACAUGAUAUUGUAUGGACAGAAGCAUACAUCGAUAACACUCUCCCACAGGCUAAAAAGCUUGUUUCUGUUUCUGACCGAGUUCUAAUGACGACAAUCGCAAUGCCUGUGUUUAGCAAGAAGAAUGAGACACGCACGCAAGGUAUUCUUCUGGGUGUGGUCGGAACAGAUGUGCCGGUGAAAGAGCUUUUGAAAGUUAUUCCAAAGUAUAAGCUGGGCAUUCAUGGAUAUGCUUUUGCAAUCACAAACAAUGGUUAUGUCUUAACACAUCCAGAUUUGAGACCACUGUAUGAAGAAGGAAAAAGAAGGAGAAACCCCAAUUACAAGAGUGUUGACCUCUCUGAACUGGAGUGGGAAGACAAGGAUAACAUUCUGCGUAAUGGUAUGGUAAAUCGGAAAACAGGAAAAUUUUCCAUGGAAGUGAAAAAGACAGUGGAAAAAGGGAAGCGAGUCUUAGUGAUGACAAAUGAUUACUAUUACACAGACAUCAAAGGCACUCCAUUCAGUCUAGGUGUGGCUUUAUCCAGAGGACACGGCAAGUACUUUCUCCAAGGAAAUGUUACACUGGAAGAAGGUUUGCAUGACCUGGAUCAUCCUGAUUUAACACUGAUGGAGGAAUGGAAUUAUUGUAAUAUAGGCAUACAUCCUCAAUACCGUAACCUCUUUCAGCUUGAAGCUGUCAAACUAUUCCUCACAGGAAAAGAGCCGCAUCUACAAUGUGACAAAGAAUUAAUCCAGGAAGUACUUUUUGAUGCUGUAGUGACAGCACCUUUAGAAGCUUAUUGGACCAGCUUAGCUCUGAACAGAUCUGAAAAUGCUGACAAAGGUGUUGAAGUUUCUUUUCUGGGAACACGCACAGGCCUAAGCCGUGUCAAUCUGUUUGUUGGACAAGAACAACGUACUAAUCAAGAUUUCUUGACUGCAAAGGACAGGGAAAGUAUUUUCACUGCAGAUCAUUUCCCUCUGUGGUACAGGAAAUCAGCAGAACAACUUCCAGGCACUUUUGUCUAUUCCAUUCCAUUUAGUACAGAUACAGAAAAUAAAAGCAAUGUUGUGACAGCUAGCACAACUGUGCAGCUUUUGGACAACAGAAAAUCACCAGUAGUUGCAGCUGUAGGUAUUCAGAUGAAAUUGGAGUUUUUCCAGAAGAAAUUCUGGACUGCAAGCCGACAGUGUGCGUCUCUUGAUGGAAAAUGCACAAUAAACUGUGAUGAUGAGAUAAUAAAUUGUUACCUCAUAGAUAACAAUGGAUUUAUUUUGGUUUCUGAAAAUUAUGACGAGACUGGAACGUUUUUUGGUGAAGUGGAAGGUGCUGUUAUGAAUAAGUUAUUAAACAUGGGCUCAUUUAAACGAAUAACACUUUAUGACUACCAAGCUAUGUGUAGAGCAACUGUAGACAAUAGCGACAGUGCACAUAGUUUACUGGAUCCUUAUUAUGUCUUUUUUGCUGCAAUAAAGUGGAUUAUGACUGAAGUUGUCUUAUUUCUGGUGGAGUUCAAUCUUUGCAGUUGGUGGAAUUCAGACUUCACAGUGAAAGCACAGAGUCCUAAGCAAGUUCUUCAGCCAUGUGACACUGAAUAUCCAGCCUUUGUGUCUGAGCGAACUAUAAAGGAAACUACAGGAGCAAUCAGCUGUGAAGGGUGCUACAAGUCAUUUGUCAUCCAACAGAUUCCAAGCAGUAACCUCUUUAUGGUUGUUGUAGACGCCAGCUGUGAUUGCCCAGUUGGACCAAUUACAAUGGACCCUAUAGAGAUAAUGUAUAAUGAAUCACAGAAAUGUGAUCACCUUAGAUCUCAGAAAAUCAGAAGACGUCCAGACUCCUGUCAUCCAUUCCAUGCUGAAGAAAAUGCAAGAGAAUGUGGAGGUGCACUGGAUCUAACACCUUACCUUGCAAUUCAACUGCUGCCUCUCACUGUGGCAUUGUCUCAGACGUGACAGAAACUCUCGUAUUAGAACUUUGGCAUGCUGAAUCAUGGGAAGAAUCAUAAACUGAAUGCCAACAGAUUAGAGGAAAUGCCAAGCAACGAAAUACCCCUAAAUUACACAAAACAUUAGCAACUGAAACUUUUGGUGGAACCACAGUGAAGGUAAAUGUUAGAUCAGAACUAGGUAAACAAUUUGCAACUUAUGCAAAAUAUAUACAGGUAUUGUCAUUAUGGUAACCAUAAACUGUGAGACUAAACCAUUCACUUUGCAGACAUCAUUGGUGAUUGAUUGUUUUGAGCCUUGCCUUAUCCUUAAGAGAUUGAACUUGUUUGUGUACAUUUUUAAAUAAACAAUCUCUUGAAAACAGCAGGUUUGAUGUAGCAUGGAGUACCUUUUGUUGUGUCAAUUGUUAACUCUAUGUUCCAUUAAUGCAUUUUCUUAUUUCUCUAUAUCAUUUGUACAUGACUUUCAUAUAAAGAAAACUAGUGAAUAGUUGUUUCUGUACACAGACUGUUUACAGUGUUAAAAUGUCACCUGGUUGCUGAAAUCCCAUUAGAAAUAGAUAUGGAAUGGAAAAUCAUCUCCUCAGCAGACUUUUAAAUUCUCUCCUCAGCAGACUUUUAAAUUCAAACAAAAAUUGUGUAAUUGCCAUAUCAAUCAAUGUUUUAAUUCAAAUGCUCAUUUGUUAAAAUUAGCAAGUUGUUGUUUUACUGUAGGUCUUCAUUUCUACACACAAAAAGCAAGGAAUAUUGUAGCAAGAAUAUUCUUAGUUAAACACAAACUGUUAUUUGCAGCUUUCCAAAUAUGCACGUUUUGUAUGAUAUGCCCGGUGAUGCUGAAUAUUAUAAAGAGGAAAAUUGAAGAAAUGUAUGAAUAUGCAUAGAAUAUUUGAUCAUUCGCA